UACACAAUGUAACACUAACACAUGCUUUUUUAUUAAACUAUACACAUUUAAUGUUGUUAGUUGGAGACCUACGCAAAUAUAAAAGUCAACACAUCUACUAUUUUCCUUUUCAUAUCACAAAGCAAACUUGGCCUACUUGCUUAAAUAAACCCCACCAUCAAUAGAAAGAUUCAAGAACACACCUAACGAAAAAGAAGAACAACUCCUAUUUAUUUAUUUUUGUAACACAGAAGAAUAACUCUUAACUUUUUAUUUUCACCAUACCACCAUGUUUAGAGCCAUGAGCACCAGGAAAAUCCACGGCGGCUACGAGAAGCUCGGGGAAGAAGAACCGAAGUUGAAAAGGGGCACGAGCGUCCCGGCUAGUGUUUAUGGUGAUUCAAGAAACCCUGUUCAAGAGGUGAAGAAGACACCGACGGUGAAACCAACCGGUGGUUCUGUUCAUCCUUUGCUAAGUUUCUUCGACCUUCGUUCUCAGAAGAAUAAGAAUAAGAAGAAGACCAAGAAGAGUUCGGCGACGGCUAAACCAGAGUUUGCGAGGUAUAUGGAGUAUGUGAAGGAAGGAGGUGUGUGGGAUCCGAAUUCUAACGCACCUGUGAUUCAUUACAGAUAGAUUCGAUGAACAAAGACCUGUAUAUUUGCUUUCUAAAAAAUACGAAUAAAAAGAAAAAAAAAAACAGUUCUUGAUUCAUGUUUAAUGAAUUGACUAGGUGAUUUUCCCGUGCUCAUGCACGGGCUUAAAUAUUUA